CUGUAAAGCGAAGCUCGAGUCGCAGUAGCUCUGGGUCUUGGCGCGGCUUCCCUUGCCCACGGCACCGCCCACCGCCUACCGCCUGCUCUACAAAUCAACCACCUCACCCUCUUCCUCGCAACAUUCCAGCUUCGUCCCCAUCUUCAUCCUUUCUCACCUAUCCACUCUUGUGACUCGUCUUCCCGGAGGUUCUGUCUACCUUCCGUUACUCAAGUCUAUCACAGAAUUUGCUCCCAGCUUGCUCUUGUUCAUUACCCCUCGUCUCGACCUCAUCUAAUCCGUCACAAUGGAAGAAGAAGUUGCUGCGCUCGUCAUUGACAAUGGCUCUGGUAUGUGCAAAGCUGGCUUUGCUGGUGAUGACGCGCCACGAGCAGUUUUCCCAUCCAUUGUCGGUCGACCUCGCCACCAUGGUAUCAUGAUCGGUAUGGGCCAGAAAGACUCCUACGUCGGCGACGAGGCCCAGUCCAAGCGUGGUAUCCUCACCCUCAGAUAUCCCAUCGAGCACGGUGUCGUCACCAACUGGGACGACAUGGAGAAGAUUUGGCACCACACCUUCUACAACGAGCUGCGUGUCGCUCCAGAGGAGCACCCGGUCCUGUUGACUGAGGCCCCCAUCAACCCCAAAUCCAACCGAGAAAAGAUGACCCAAAUUGUCUUCGAGACCUUCAACGCCCCUGCAUUCUACGUCUCCAUCCAGGCCGUUCUUUCGCUGUACGCCUCCGGUCGUACCACUGGUAUCGUUUUGGACUCCGGUGAUGGUGUCACUCACGUUGUCCCCAUCUACGAGGGUUUCGCGCUCCCCCAUGCCAUCUCUCGAGUGGAUAUGGCCGGCCGUGAUUUGACCGACUACCUCAUGAAGAUCCUGGCUGAGCGCGGUUACUCUUUCUCGACUACUGCUGAGCGAGAAAUUGUCCGAGACAUUAAAGAGAAGCUGUGCUACGUUGCUCUCGACUUUGAGCAGGAGAUCCAGACCGCAUCCCAGAGCUCUCGCUUGGAGCAAUCGUACGAACUCCCUGAUGGUCAGGUCAUCACCAUCGGCAACGAGCGAUUCCGAGCUCCCGAGGCUCUCUUCCAGCCAUCCGUCCUUGGUCUCGAAUCCGGCGGUAUCCAUGUUACCACCUUCAACUCCAUCAUGAAGUGUGACGUGGAUGUUCGUAAGGAUUUGUACGGCAACAUCGUCAUGUCCGGUGGUACAACCAUGUACCCAGGUAUUGCCGACCGUAUGCAGAAGGAAAUCACUGCUCUGGCCCCAUCUUCCAUGAAGGUCAGAAUCAUUGCGCCGCCUGAGCGUAAAUACUCGGUCUGGAUUGGUGGUUCCAUCUUGGCAUCCCUGUCCACCUUCCAGCAGAUGUGGAUCUCCAAGCAGGAGUACGACGAGAGUGGUCCUUCGAUUGUCCACCGCAAGUGCUUCUAAACUCCUUUUCGAGCAUUCUGGAAUGCUUGAUUUCCUCCCUGAAACGCAGCAAUUUUCUAGAGACAGCAGUGAACGACGUCAAGAUCAUGAAUGGAACCAAAUGGAGCGUAGCAUAGAACCAUGGAAAGCAAAAUAAGUGGUGCAAGCCGAAUAUCACUUGAGAUCCAAAGAUGGUGCGAAAAAGCGGCGUCUGAUCCACCAUGGGGGAUCAGGCCGAUUGAAGCAUGUAUUGAGAAAAAGAUGACAUCUCAAUGAGUAGCACCAUCCCAAUAGUGUCUAGAAUGCAAUGCUAGCAAGUUUAGGUUCCGCCAAUCGUGUCUCUGGGAUCAUGAUGGCCAUGGAUUGGUUGAAUUUGUUUCGAGAUUGCAUCUGUAGCCCCCGUGGCCAGCUUGAGGCGUCUAGUUUUCAGGGAGCCAUAUCAUGCCUGUUUGAUCUCUCGUAAAUAUGUCAGAACAUCCCCAGGGACCUCUUGUACGGUGGCUCCAUCUUCGGCUGGCUCCAGGAUCUUCCACUCGGCACUGAUGCCUUCGUCCUUGAACCUUUGGAUGAUGACAUUGGCGAUAGCCUCAAAGUUGUCGGUGGCCAAGGCCAAGAUUGUGGGGCCGGCGCCUGAGAGGCAGAUGCCCAAGAGGCCUUUGUGGGUUUUGGGGGACAUUGAGGACAGAAUGGCGGGUAAGGCGGGGAUCAAGGUCUUGCGGUAGGGUUGGUGGAUUUUAUCCUGCAUGGCGCUGUAGAUGAGG